AUGAUAUCAAUUUCAAUUUUAACUUAUUUAAUAUUUAUUAAAUUAAUUCAAGCUAAUGAUUUAUUUCGAGUUAAAACUAUUAUAGAUUAUCAAGAUUUAUUUUUCCAAAUUGAUCCAAUUAAUUUUCAAGUUCAAUUAAGUGAUUCAUCAAUUGAUAUUUUUGAAUUUAAUAAAAAUUCUAAUAAAUUAUUUUGUGCUGGUACAAAUGAUAUAAUUACUUAUAAUGAAAAUAAUUGUUCUUAUCUUAAAAAAUUUUCUAAUAAUAAUAAUGAUGAUGAUGAUGAUGAUGAAUCAUUAUCUUCAAGUAUUGGUUGGUCUUUAGAUAGACAAACACUUAAAUUUGAUCAUGAUUUAUAUUUUUGUGGUAAUAAAUUACCAUAUUCCAUUUUAGCUAAUCCAUUGGGUUUAUCUAAUUGUAGAAAAUUGGCCAUUUUUAAGAUUGUUAUAGAACCAAAAGUAGAAAUCCAACAACAAGAAGAAGAAGAAGAAGAAGUAGAAGAAGAAUAUGAUGAGGAUAUUGAAUCUUCAACUGAUUUUCCUUCAAGUACAACUGAAGAAUCAUCAGAAGAAAUUGAGUCAUCAAUUACAAAUGAAAUUGAUUUACCAACAACUGAGACUGAUUUACCAACAACCAAGACUGAUUUACCAACAAUCAAGACUUCAACAGAUAAUGAUAUUUCAACAACAGUUGAAUCUACCACUAUUGAAACAGACAAACCUUCAACCACAAGUACAAGUACAAGUACAAAUACAAGUACAACCACGUCAAAUGAUUCUGUAACAACAACUUCUAAAUCCAAUGAGUCAUCAACUACAAUUGAAUCAAAGGAAUCUGAAUCUGAAUCUGAAUCUGUAACUUCAACUGAUGAAUCUACUACAAAAUCAUCUACCACUACCAUGACAACUGAUGAACAAGAAGAAGAAAGCACUACAUCUUCUCAAUUAUCUGAAGAAACUGAAUCACCAUCAGAAGAAGAAGAAGAAGAUGUAGAAGGUGGUGGUGAUGGAGAAGGAGAAGGAGAAGGAGAAGAAGAAGGAGGAAAUAUCGAUUCAACAAUGUCAAUGAUUAUAUCAGCCAUGUUUCAAGGUGAUAGAGUUUAUUUUUAUUCUAAUGAAAAAUUCAUUACACUUUUAAAUGGUGAUUUAGCAAUAUUUAAAAUUAUUGAUGGUUAUUUACAAAUUAAUAAUAAUAAUAAUAAUAAUAAUAAAUGGAUUAAUAUUAAUGAUGAAAAAUUAUUAGAAUUAGUUGAUAAUCAAAAAGAUGCAAUUCAAGGUUGGAUUAUUAAUGAUGAAGGUAUUUUUUUAAUACAAGAAUCUAUAGAUGGAUUUUAUUCUGAUAAUGUUAAAUUUAGUGCUUGUAAUAAUCAUGAUGAUGAUGAUAAUAAUAAUGAUGAUAAUAAUAAUGUUGGUUAUAGAGUAUAUUUUGGUGAAGAAAAUGGUUGUGAACCAUUAAAUCAAUUUAAAAUUGUCAAUAUUGAAGAAGAUAAUAUUGAUGAAAUUGAUCCAACUGAUCCAACUGAAGUACCUGAAUCGACUGAUAAUGACGAUAAUGAUGAUGAUAAUGAUGAUAAUGCGGUUGAGUCAAAUCCACCUAUUGAGGAUUCUCCUAGUGAUACACCAAGUGAUACUAUUACAACCAAUAAUGAUGAACAAUCUAUUACUCCAACUAGCAAUCCAAUUAAUGAAUCAAUUGAAACUGAUGAAUCUAAUGAAUCAACAAAAUCAUCAUUUGAUACUAUCACUACAAAAGAUAUUACUGACCAAGAAUUAACAACAAUUAUUACAGAAACCACUGAUACUGCUACUGUUACUGAUUGUGAAGAAGAAGAUGAUGAUGGUUCAUGUACACCAAGAACUACUAUUCGUAAUACCAUUAUCAUUACACAUUGUCCAAUCGUCACCAAGACUGAAAUUGAGACAAUUAUUACUGAUUUAACAAUCACUCUUACUACAUGUAUUGAUGAAACUAUUUGUGAAGUUAAAACUUCAAUGAUUUCAACUAUUGUUACCACUACAACUACUACAUUGACUACUCAUCUGGUGAUUACUGAAUAUAUUCUGAAUGAUAGUUCUUCAGCUACUACUACUACUGCUACUACUACUGCUGCUAUUGCAAAUAAUGAUGCUAUAGUUACACCACAAGAAGAACAACCAGAUAAUAAUAAUAAUAAUGAUAAUGAAGUUACUGAUGGUCCAAUAAAUCCUGAAAAUCCUGAAAAUCCUGAAGAUUGA